GCCAAAGAUCUAGUCAGAAUCAGAAAUGUUAUAUGAAAAUGACGGGGAAAAUGGUUAGAAUAGUUCUCGCAGGACUAUUCAUUUUCUCUCUCAUAAGAAUUAGUGUUGGGAAUGGCGAGUUUGCAUCAAAGAGUGAACUUCCUUUUUGGAACCAUUCCUUGCCAUGGGACCAGCGUUUAGACGAUUUAUUAAAUCGUUUAAAAGUGGAUGAUAUGACCUACCAGCUCGCGAGGGGAGGAGCGGAUCCCAACGGCCCAGCUCCGGGGAUCAGUCGUCUGCAGAUUGGCAAGUAUGUUUGGAACACCGAGUGCCUGCGCGGGGAUGCUAAGGCGAAGAAUGCCACUGCCUUUCCACAAGCUCUCGGCCUAGCUGCAGCUUUCAGCCGUGACCUCCUAUUUCAAGUUGCCAAUGCAACCGGCUAUGAGGUCAGAGCUAAGAACAACUACUACAAAGCACAUGGAGACUUUAACAAUCAUCAAGGAUUGAGUUGCUUCAGUCCUGUUAUCAACAUCAUGAGACAUCCAUACUGGGGAAGAAACCAAGAGACAUACGGUGAGGACCCAUACCUGACGGGAGAGCUUGCUAAGAGCUUUGUACGGGGACUCCAGGGCAACCAUCCUAGGUACAUUCUGGCUAACGCUGGAUGUAAACAUUUUGCAGCUUAUUCUGGACCUGAAAACUACCCCUCAUCAAGGUUCUCAUUCAAUGCCAAGGUGUCAGAUAAAGAUUUGCAGGUGACAUUUUUCCCAGCAUUUAAAGAGUGCAUCAAGGCUGGAACAUACAGUUUCAUGUGCAGCUAUAACAGUGUAAAUGGCAUCCCUGCUUGUGCUAACUCCUAUCUCUUGACCGAUGUUCUGAGGAAAGAGUGGGGGUUCAAAGGUUAUGUAGUCAGUGAUCAGAGAGCACUAGAGCUGGAGGAAAUCUCGCACAACUACACCACAUCAUAUCUGGAAACUGCUGUAAAGAGCCUCAAAGCAGGGUGCAACCUGGAUUUGGGACAUAAUCUGCCUGCUGUAUAUGAUUAUCUUACAGAAGCGGUUCAACUUGGCAUGCUAACCAUCAAAGACCUUCGAGACAGUUUGUCUCCUCUUUUCUACACCCGCCUACGUCUUGGUGAGUUUGACCCGGUGGAUCUCAACCCCUAUGCCCAGCUCAAUGCGGAUCAAGUUGUACUGUCACCUGAACACCAACAACUUGCAGUGAAGGCUGCCCUCAAGAGCUUUGUGCUUAUCAAGAAUGAGAGGAACGCUCUGCCAAUAGAGGGCAUCAUUCAAACUCUAGCAGUAGUAGGACCUUUUGCCAAUAACUCCAUCCUCCUCUUUGGUGACUACGCACCAGAGCCUGACCCUCGGUUUGUUACCACGGUCCUAGAAGGUCUGUCACCAAUAGCAACCAAGACCAAGGAUGCCUCUGGAUGUCCGGAUCCUAAGUGUGAAGCCUACGAUCAGCAAGGUGUCCUGAAUGCUGUGACGGGAGCAGACAUUGUGGUUGUUUGUUUGGGAACAGGGAUUGGUAUUGAGAUGGAAGGUGUUGACAGACGUGACAUGUUGCUUCCAGGCAAACAAGAACAACUCCUUCAAGAUGCUGUACGCUAUGCCUCAGGGAAACCAGUUAUCCUUCUUCUUUUCAACGCUGGACCUCUUAACAUCACUUGGGCCAUGUCCAGCCCUUCAGUUCAAGCUAUUGUAGAGUGUUUCUUUCCUUCCCAGGCAACGGGUGUGGCUCUAAGGAUGAUGUUCCAGAAUGCCCCUGGCUCAAACCCUGGGGGCAGGCUUCCUUCCACCUGGCCCGCUAUGGAUGCUCAGAUCCCACCAAUGGAGAAUUAUUCCAUGGAUGGGCGUACCUACCGCUAUUUCUAUGGUGACCCUCUCCUUCCAUUCGGCUAUGGUCUUUCGUACACGUUGUUCAACUAUUCUGAUCUGAUGGUGACACCUACUGCCAUACAACCAUGCCAGAAUGUUACAGUUAAGGUGACAGUCAAGAACAUUGGGAAUUACACAGGAGAUGAGGUGAGGAAUACUUGUAAUCUUAGAUCUCUGCUGCUGAGUUGUUGAGCUUUUAUCUCUUUGGAGUUGGGCCUUGAAAACAAAACAAGAGGAAGAAAUCAAUGAAUUUGUCUUAUUUUCUUGUUAACUUAUUUGGGAAUACAUUCAAAUACUAUAUUUGGUCAUUUGGAGAUGUGUUCAUUUGGAGAAGGGUGAUUCUUUACUUUGCCCAGGUCACCCACAUUUGGCAAUCCUCAGAUUAUACCAUAUCGAAUGUGCACACACUCAACUUCUUUCAAUUGUUAGCUUGAAUCAAUGCAAUCCUGAGAUGUCUUCACAGUGAUUGCAUAUUAUUAUCUUUUCCUUUGUUUCACUCUUUGUUAUUCAUCCCCCUUUUCUUCCCUUUUAUCAACUACUUAUUCUUUCUCUCUUGCUACCUCUGUAUCCCACCUUUUAUAAUAUAUAACAGACAGUGACCAAACUCGAGGCUUCCAAAAGUAGAAAGUCUCUUGGGUAAUAGUAGUACAGCUUUUUUUUCUGCACCAUGUAGCAAUGUUUGAAAGUAAAUGUAUGAAGAAAAUAAAAUCAAUUCCUUCUAAUUACUUAAAUUCCCCCAGACCCUCUCUAUUUGGGAAAGAAAAUGAUUAUUUUUAACCUUAAAAUCUUGUGUCAGUAUUUUGGACGGCCUCUUCAUUAAAUGAAGUGUUCUUUGACCAAUUGUCACAAAGGUGUUAUGAACCUGUUUCUCUUUUUGGGGGGAUAAAAUGACUUUUUGUAUUAAUAACAAGAUAAUGAAUAGUGUAAUCUCGCAUCAAAUCCAUCCUAUCUAUCUAUCUACCUAUCUAUAAAAUAAGGCAUUAUGUCAUAUCAGGGGAAUUGGAAACAAGUAAAUUGUAGCCAUGCUGUUUCACUCUUGUGAAUAUUUAACUUGUGUUAAAAAUUAUAUUGCCCUUUUACAACAAAAAUCAUGUUACAAACUAGAAUGAUUAGUUUGAUUGCCAACUGAUGGUGAUAAGUUUAAGCAUAUAGAACUGAAAUAGAAUGAAAGAGGAAGGCCCAAUAUCAGAGCAUUAGUAAUACAUCUUUCUUCACCCACUUGAAGUGAUAAGAUCUUUGAGAAUGACUUUAAGCUCAAAAUAAAUAUACUGACGGAAAAAAAUGUGAUGCAUGUUCCUUUCACAGAUAAAUAGAU